CAGUUGGUUUGUGCUAGCGUAGGCUGUUCGGCCGCUGUGCUGUUACACGUUACGUUUUGUCGACUGUCACUGUUCCAUAAUAGCAUUGCUUCUAUUAAUUUUCUAACCUCAUUGAUCGAAUGAAAAAUGAUGCAAUCAACUGAACAAGAUGAAUUGCCUCAGAAAACUCCAAAACAAUUGGAAAAGGAAGCCAAGAAGUUAGCAAAACUUGAAAAAUUCAAGCAGAAACAAGAUUCACAGCAGAAGGGACAGGCCAAAGAAAAACCCGAGAAAAAAGAAAAGAAAAAAGAAGUGAAGAAGGAAGCAGUCGCAGCAGUCUAUGAGAUAGAGACACCACCUGGUACCAAGAAGGAUGUAUCAGGACCCAUGCCGGAUGCGUACAGCCCUCAGUAUGUGGAGGCAGCAUGGUACAGCUGGUGGGAACAGGAGGGUUUCUUCAAGCCAGAAUAUGGACGUAACAAUAUCCUGGAGCCAAAUCCAAAAGGAACAUUUGUAAUGGUCAUCCCUCCACCCAACGUGACUGGCUCUCUUCACCUCGGUCAUGCACUCACCAAUGCUGUAGAGGACUGUAUUACUAGAUGGCACAGAAUGAAGGGGCGCACUACACUCUGGAACCCUGGCUGUGACCAUGCUGGCAUCGCAACCCAGGUGGUUGUGGAGAAGAAACUAUGGAGGGAGGAGAAGAAAACUAGACAUGACAUUGGACGAGACAAGUUCAUUGAGAAGGUGUGGGCUUGGAGAAUGGAGAAGGGAGACAGAAUAUACCAGCAAUUGAGGCGUCUGGGCAGUUCCCUGGACUGGAGUAGAACGGCCUUUACCAUGGACCCUAAGUUAAGCCGGGCAGUUGUCGAGGCCUUUGUUAGACUGCACGAGGAGGGAGACAUUUACCGAAGCAACAGGCUUGUCAACUGGUCCUGCAGUCUAAAGUCUGCCAUCUCAGACAUAGAGGUGGACAAGGUAGAGAUACCUGGUCGCAAACUCCUGACUAUUCCUGGCUAUGAUAAACCGGUGGAGUUCGGAAUGUUGACAAUGUUCGCAUACAAAGUGGAGGGUUCAGAAGAUGAGGUGAUAGUGGCCACGACACGGGUUGAGACCAUGCUGGGAGAUGUUGCAGUGGCUGUUCACCCUACAGACCAGAGAUACACACAUCUCCACGGCAAGUACGUCAAGCAUCCCUUCUGUGAUCGCAGCCUUCCUAUCAUCUCUGAUGACUUUGUGGACAUCAGCUACGGAACUGGUGCUGUUAAAAUCACCCCUGCGCAUGACCACAAUGAUUACGAGGUGGGGAAGAAACAUGACUUGCCUUUCCUCACCAUCAUUAAUGAGGAUGGCAUCAUUGUUGGGGACUGCACUCAGUUUAACGGCAUGAAAAGGUUUGAGGCCCGGAAGGCUGUGGCAGAAGCCCUGAAGCAACUCGGACUAUAUCGAUGUGCCAAAGAAAACCCCAUGGUGGUGCCCAUCUGUAGUCGUUCUAAAGACGUGGUGGAACCUCUUAUAAAAUCUCAGUGGUAUAUAAAGUGUGAUGAAAUGGCCAGGCGAGCUAAGGAAGCUGUGGUGUCAGGAGAGCUGAAGAUCAUACCUGAGUAUCACACUAAGACAUGGUACCACUGGAUGGACAACAUAAGGGACUGGUGUGUCUCGAGACAGUUGUGGUGGGGACAUCGUAUCCCUGCGUACUUUGUCACCAUCGAUGACCCUUCCGUUCCUCCAGGCAAUGACACAGACAAUGCCUACUGGGUGACAGGGAGGGACGAGGAGGAGGCCUUGCGCAAGGCUGCUUCUAAGUUCCAAGUACCGACAGACAAAGUCAAACUGCGACAGGACGCUGAUGUGCUGGACACAUGGUUCUCCUCAGGUCUCUUCCCCUUCUCUAUCUUCGGCUGGCCCGAUGAUACAGAUGAGUUACGAGCAUUCUACCCCGGUUCUCUUCUGGAGACAGGUCAUGAUAUCAUCUUUUUCUGGGUUGCCAGAAUGGUCUUCUUCGGUCAGAGGCUGCUCAACAAACUGCCCUUCAGGGAGGUGUUUUUACACCCUAUCGUGAGGGAUGCCCAUGGCCGGAAGAUGAGCAAAUCUCUGGGCAACGUCAUUGACCCCAUGGAUGUGAUCCUGGGAGCUUCUUUGGAGCAGCUCCAUGCCCAGUUGCUGGAAAGCAACCUGGACCCCCGGGAGGUGGAGAAAGCGAUGGCAGGUCAGAAGCAGGACUACCCCAAUGGCAUUCCGGAGUGUGGCACUGACGCUCUGCGCUUUGCUUUGUGCGCCUAUCUCACACAGGGUCGAGACAUCAACUUGGACAUUCUCCGGGUGCAGGGUUACCGUUUCUUCUGCAACAAGCUGUGGAACGCGGUAAAAUUCGCACUGACGUACCUCUCGGGUGACAUAGACGCCAGCAGUGAUGUAAGUGCGGGGUAUAGUCGGGUGAUAGAAGAGUGUUGUGGUGGUGGUGGUGUUAAGGGGGGAGACGUAAGGACGCUGCUAGAUGUGUACUUGGCUGACCACAGCUACCUCCAGGGCUACGAGUUGUCCGAGUCUGAUCUGGUAGUGUAUGCGGAGGUGACGGCACGCGGUGUGUGGGACCAAAAGACCCUGCCUCACCUCACGCGAUGGGCCAAUCACGUCAAAGCUUGUCGGCAAGGCGGAGGUGGCUCCUGUAGAGGCAGCUUUCCGCUAUUAGGUACAGAGAGUAGUAUGGACCUGUGGAUUCUGAGCAGACUGUCAGCCGCAGUGGAUAUUAGCAACCAAGCGUUUGAGCGCUAUGAGCUGUCGUCUGCCACCACAGCCUGUUACAACUUGUGGCUGUACGAUCUCUGUGAUAUCUACCUGGAAUGCCUGAAGCCAGUCUUUGCUAGUGGAGAGACGAAGGCGGUAGCUGCGGCUAGACACACACUGUACCGUGUGUUGGACUGUGGUCUAAGGCUGUUGGCUCCUUUCAUGCCCUUUAUCACGGAGGAGCUGUAUCAACGUCUGCCCCAUCCUCCCUCUGUGCCCCGGGCUGUCAGCAUAGCUGUGGCUCCCUUCCCCGAGCAGAGUAUUUAUCGGUGGAGGAACCUGGAACUGGAGCAAGAGAUGGAGUUUGUACAGAAGGUGGUCCACAGUAUCCGCUCAGCCAGGUCUGACUACACCUUGCCAAAAAAUACAAAGACUGAUGCAUAUGUCAAGUGCAAUGAUGAGAUUGUGAAGGACACACUAGUACGCUUCUCACUAGCGAUCACGACCUUAGCGUACUGCAGCCAGCUCAACCUCACUGCUACUACUCCCCCAGCAGGUUGUGCUAUACUCACAAUAUCCGAGAAGUGCGAGGUCCACAUCAACUUCAAAGGCCUCAUUGACCCAGAAAAAGAGCUUAUUAAGUUAGGUAAGAAAGAAGAGUUUCUCCAGCAGACAAUAACCAAACUGGAACAGUCCAUGGCAAUGGUAGACUAUGAGAACAAGGUGCCUGAAGAUGUGAGGGCUGCUAACCAUGAGAAGCUGAUAGUCAGCAGAGGCGAGCUGCAGCGGUUGAUACAGGCGAUGGCAUCCUUGCGCACUAUGUAAUUGAAGAGAGCAAACUGUGACUCUGGUCUAGGUGGAACAACUGUCACGAGGCCAGCACUAAUAUUUCUUUUCCUUAUAGGAAUGAUAUGAAUACAAUAGGACAACAUUUGUCAUUCUUCAGAGAUACAAGAAAUCAGUAAAACUGUGUUUAGAAAUCUGCAUUUUGAUCUACUUCUCUGGUGGUUAACUAGCCUAACAUAUAAGUAGAAUCUUGGGUAAUGUAAACAAAUCAUACUAAAGCAUUCUUACACACAUUAGUCAAGAAUCACACAAACCGUGUUGUGUGUGCACACUAUCUCUAAAAUAAAACAAAAACCAACUAUUAAAAACUGAACUAAAAAAUAUAGGUCAUAAUAGGUUUGCACGUUAGGCUUGGUUAUCCACCUGUGGAACAGAUCAGAGUGAACAUCUCUAAAUUUAGUGUUAUUGAUAUCUUGUAUCACUGAACAAUGGCAAAUAACUGAAAAAUUCCAGUUAUGUUCACAAUCCUUCUAUUGUUAAAAACACUAAACAAAGGAAUACUAUGAUCAUGUAACCUAGAACAAUUGACCGCUAUUAAUUGUUUGCAAUGUAAUUGAUCAUAGCACCUUUUACCUUGUGCUGUACUGACUUUCCUUCUUGUUCUGUUAAUAAGAUCUUGCAUAAUCCUCCAUAUGCAUGUACAAUAAUACUACAGAUCAGAUGGACAUUUCAUUUUAUGCAAAACAUAUAAAUAUAAAUUUCUGUACAAAAAAUACUUACUAGGGUUUUCUAUCUUUUGAAAUCUUGGAAUCUCAUUAGGGUAAAUCACAGUAUGUUCUCUAGUUUUAAAACAAAAAAAGGCCUAACAAUUGUUGAGUUGAUACUUGUUCAUGUAACAAAAAUAAAACACUACAUUUAGAGGAUUGUAAUCUAUUCUUUUCAGGUCUCAAAAAACCAUAACGCAUGUGGUUAGCAUUCUAAAAAAGAAAUAUGUGAUGAUAAACUUGUCCAAGCUACGUGGUCAACCCCUGAGGUUCGUAAAAUAGGUCUUGGAACUGCGGUUAUUAAGGUGACGAUUGUCUAACUAUCUGAGUGGCCUUGUUCCUAAUACAGCCAGCUUUAAUGUUUAGUUAAAUUGUACAAAUACAAAUUAAAUAAUAUUACUCAGUUUGACGCAGGCACAGUUACUUCCACAAUUAAAUACUAUAAAUUACAAUUACCAUUGUUCGAUUAAAUUAAUUAGUCCAAUCCUAAUCGACACUUGACCUGUCUACUCCUGAUCUUUCCAGAAAAUAUUAUAUUACUGUUUGAUCAUAAAUCAACCCUAGAAAUAAAUCAUCAAUCGGUCAGCCCUAGACCUUGCCAACACCUCUCCUUGCUCGUCCUAAUAAUAAUUAACACUGUAUUCAUAUUACUUUGCUGCCCUAAAUAAUUGUAUUUUAUACUAAUUCUCAUCAGCCUUAUUUUAUCAAAAUCACUUUGCAAAAUGUUAUAUUAAUAUGUUUAAAGAGGAAUCUUAUUACAAAUUCAAUAUCUCUCAAAAUUGUUUAAAGGAAAUUAAGAAUUAUUUGUCAAUAAUUAAUCUAGCACUGUUUUUGAAUUAUAAAUGUAAAAAAGUAUCAUAAUUAAUCCAAUUAUGUAAAUAAUUUUAUUUAUUUGUUAUAUAAUUUCUCUAAGAAUAUUUUGUGUUUGUUAUUUUCUCGUUUGGUGUAUAAGAUUAUCUCUAAGUUUGGGUAAGGUAAUUUAUUAAAUAUUUGGAUACAUUUUGUACGAGACACUAUGUGUCAUGACUCAGGUUAGUGAAUUAGUAUUAUAUUUGGAAAUAAAAGUGCCUGGCACCAGAGAAAA